ACUCAUCUUGACCAUGUCAAAUUCGAAGCACAAAGCACCAUCAACCGAUACAAGAAAGAAGAAAUAUCGUUCUGAUGGCACCCCCAUUUGGGGCAAACGACAUAUCGAUGGACCUGGAGUAUGGGUUAGCUGCGUGAAGGGAAAGGAAAAGAAAGCAGUCGGAGAAAUAUACGACGUAUUCGAAUCGAUAGCCUCUGAAAUCUGGCCAAUAACGGAUGCCGAUUCAGGAGACACUGAUUCUGACGCUGAAUCCAAGAACGUCAGCAUAGAGGCUCAGAUUGCCAAUGAAGUCUCUGCGAUUAAACGCCCAAGGACGGAACAAAGAUUUGCAAAUUGCCAAACAAACACGCCAUGCGUAAUAUUUAUCUCGUGCAAACCACCUGUGGAUCCUGUUGAGCUUGUGGUCAAGUUUAUUAAGAGCGUUGAAACAACGGGUGUAUCUCGAACAAGAUAUACUCAUCGCCUCGUUCCAGUGUCAGGAAAUUGUGUCGCUAACCUUCCUGAAAUUGACGCACUGUGUCGCACGGUAUUCCAGCCUUUCUUCGACAAACAUGGGGAAAGAAAGUUUACGUACAAAAUUGAAUUGCGAAUGAGGAACCACACGACAAUACCACGCCAGGCUCUCAUCCAACAUGUCGCUCAAUGUAUCCCGGAAGGUCACAAUGUUUCCUUGGCUAAUCCAGAAAUCUUCGUUCUCGUCGAGGUUUUCAAGAGUGUCUGUGGCAUCUCUAUCGUAGAAGAUUACUACCGCUUGCAAAAAUUCAACGUCGCUGAGAUUGCAAGCAAGAAGAAUAUGGACAAGUCAGAUGAAGGCCGAGCAUUUCAGACAACUGACGGCGCGGCUAGUAAAGAAAGAGCUGGUAUUACAAACGAUGAUUAAUGUACAGUAGAAUUUGCUACAAGCCAACCGCAGCCUCUCCCUA